UAACAUUGUAGAUGUUGACUGUUAUGAUUUUCCAAGGUUGACAAGGGAUAAAUUAAACUAUAUAAUAGGGGUGCUCGUAGAAACCGAUAUCAGUUCGAUUCCAGAUAUUGACACGAUAUUUCAAAAUGAAGGUUCUGAUUUUUGCAACCAUUUUCACUAUCUUCGGAUACGUCGUUGCCAAUCUCGAUGGGCUUAUUCUCAAGGGCCCAUCAGGGAUCGUUACUUCAAGGGGACCGAUUGGACCCAGAGGUCUAGAUCUGGGUCUAGGACUGGAAGGUCUUGGGGAUAUUAGAGGGCUGGGGCGUCUUCGUGGCCUCGGAAUUGAAGAUGGAUUAGGACUUGAGCGCAUCACCAAUGGUAGAGGCAUAAUCGGUGUUAGCGAAUUGGGUGCCGCCAUUAGAGGACCACCAGCCAAACCCGCUCUGGUUGCUGGACCUUCUGGAAAAAUUCUUGCUGAACGCAUAUGGGGACCAACCUUAAGAGGAUUGGGGGGCAAAGGCUUGUGAAUCGCUUCGUUGGACCACGGAUUAGAUAUGUGUUACAACCCUAAACUGUGUUCAAUACAAUGACUGAUUAUACGCCGGU